AUGGAUUAUUCACAGUUAGGGGUUUUAAUAGUUGGUGUUACUAUUAUAUUAUCUUACAAACAUAUCAGGUUAUUAAUUAGUAAAUUUACUAGUGGUAAACAAGUCAAGGAAAAGGUUUCAAGUAAUGAAAAGAAACAACCAUUAUAUGGAUCAGAUGAACCAUUACCUGAACCAACUCCAUUGAUGAUUACACCAGAACAAGUAGAAAAUUAUGAUGAUAGACCAUGGAGACCAUUUAGAUGGCCAUAUCAUCAAACUAUGUCAAUUUUUAAGUUGGAUAUAAAUCAUUGGUUAGAUAUGGAUAAAUAUUAUAUUCAUUAUAUUAAAGAAAAGGAAAGAAUUAGACAUAAAUAUGGUAAAGAAAAUUUUGAUUGGUUACCUGAAGGUUACGAUGCUUGUUUUGAAUUAAUGGAAACUGUUGUUAAUCAUUUAGUUAAAAGAUAUCCAUUAUUAUUUACUGUUUUACAAGAUGGUGAUUAUGAGUCUGGACAAAAUGGUUGUGGCAAAAUAAUUAGAAAUGAAAUAACAAAAGAAGUUUUAGAUAUGACAUUACCUUUAAAAGAUCAUCCAUUGAUUUAUGUUUCUAAAUUAGCUAAAGAGGAUUUCUAUGUAGUUUUAAAGAAUCCAAAAGAUGGGUUACACUAUUUGGUUGCAGCAGCUGUUCCAUUUCCAGGAGGGACAUUUUCCAUUGAUAAAAAGAUUGGUAAUCAUAUUGAUACUAUUCAUGCCGAAGUUCCUUAUUAUAAAGAAAAAUUGAAGAAAUCAAUGGAAAGAUGGCUUCAUAGAAUGAAACCAAAUGAACCUGUUGAAAGAGCAAGUUGGUAUAUUACAUGGGAUGUUAAUUUAAAAGUUAAUAGCGUCUAUCAAAUUCCAGAAUUUAGACCUAAUUUGGAAGCAGAUAUGAAAUCAACUGAUCCUAAACAUUUUAAUGUUAGAAUUGAAAGACAAACAUUAAGAAGAUUACCCAAAUCGCAAGCAAUUAUAUUUACUAAUCAUCCAGUGUUUUAUUCUUUGGAAGAAAUGCAAGAUGAACCAAUGAUUCCUUCAUUAUUAAAGAAAAUAUUAUAUGAAGGACCAGAAGAUAUUUUAAAAUAUAAGAAUAUGCCAUUAAUAAGAGAUCAUCUUGUGGGAUAUCUUGAUGAAUUAAUUCAAAAACAAAAAGAUUUAAAAAUCAUUGAUGAUGAAACUCCACUUAAAACUCAACCAACUUAUCCUUUUGCUCAUUGGGUUAAAACUGAUUUUGAUUACAUCAAUGGAUGGAAUAAUCCAAGCCCUGCAUAUGAUAAAAAUCAAAUGAAAACUGAUCUCUACAAACAUAAGCCAUUGGCAGAAAAUGAAUAG